UUGGGGAUCCCGGAAGCGUCUUCGUAUUGUUUACAUUCGCGUCUUUGUUCCGACAAAAUGUCAAAGAAACGGUCGAAAAGCUCCGAGAUCCGGAGCCUGAGGACCGUGAUCGAGCAGCAGCUGGCGGCGGCCGUGGAUCACAUCCUCCGGCUGCUGAGGGAGCGAGGACCCGCCGACCCGGAGCGGCUGAAGCAGCUGGUGACGGAGCGGAUCAGUGCGGCCGUGGAGGAGAUCUGCACCGCGUUCAGAGCCUCCAGGACCGGCAGAGACCCACAGGGACCCGGGGUCAGUCCGGAGCCCGGACCCGCAGCAGAAUGGACAGAGUUGUGUCUGUCGCUCGGUGUCCAGAGUCUCUCUGAUGAAAAACAAGGAGUGAAGGAGCCUCUGCCCAGCACAUCGUCAAGACCUGAGACCGUCUCCGGACCUGAACACCCACCGGUCUCACAAGAGGACCUGGCUGGUGAAGAGGAGGAAGAUGAUGAAGAGACGAUAUGUCACUGCUGCAGAGUGUGUGGGAAGUCCUUCGAUAGGAAAGGCUUUUUGAUGAAACACGUGGAGAAACACUUGAAGGAGUCUGAAUGUCUCUGCGGUCUCUGCGGAGAGCUUUUGGAGUCCAGUCACGGUCUAAAGCUUCACCUUCAAACUCACCGCGAUAGCAGCCGGACCUGCGACGUCUGCGGAAAGAAGUUCCCAUCGAUCAGAGCUCAGGAGACACACCUGAGGCUGCACACAGGAGAGAAACCGUUCAGCUGCCACAUCUGUGGAAAAGGCUUCAACCAGAAGGGCAACAUGGUGACGCACAUGAGGAUCCACACGGCAGAGAAGCCAUUCAGGUGCACCGUGUGCCGUAAAGAGUUCAGCCAUGCCGCCUCUCUAGAGCGACACAUGAAGGCCCAUGAUGGACAGAUGCCAUUCAGCUGCAAUAUUUGCAGGAAAGCAUUUGAUAAGAGCACUGAGUUGAGGCGUCACAUCCGGAGUCAUAAGUCCGAUGAGCCGUCUGCCAUUAGGAGCAGACGCAGGAAACCCAGUCUGACUCCCUCCCACUGUUGCAAUGUCUGUGGGAACGCCUUUCAAAAUAAAGGUAACUUUGUGCAGCAUGCUGAGACUCAUUUAAACAGUCCUGAAUGUCGCUGUGGGGUCUGUGGGGAGCAGUCGGAGUCUUCAGAGUGUCUGCAGAUCCACAUCCAGAGCCACCGAGAAACCAGCAAUAUCUGCGACAUUUGCGGCAUCAGCUUCAGGGACAUGGAGAUCCACAUGAGGACGCACACCGGCCAAAAACCCUUCCAGUGCAAAGACUGCGGUAAGGACUUUCCCAGGAAAGGUUCUCUGGAGCGACACAUGAAGUUGCACGCCGGUGAGAGGCCUUUCAUUUGCGAGUUCUGUGGGAAGACUUUCAUUGAAAACACCGUUUUGAAGAGACACAUCAAGAGCCACACGGGCGGGAAGCCACGGAUUUAUUCCUGCGACGUCUGCGGCAAGAAGUUCACUAUGAGCCAACAUCUAGAUGUGCACAAGAGGAUCCACACCGGGGAGAAACCAUAUACCUGCAGGGUCUGCGGAAAGAACUUCCGUCAGAUCGGCAACCUGGACUCCCACAUGAGGAUUCAUACGGGUGAAAAGCCGUUCAUCUGCAGCCUCUGUGGGAAGAGGUUUCGCCAGAAGAUCUCGCUGGAAACGCACGAGAGGUUCCACAAGAAGGAGAAACCAUUCAGCUGUCACCUCUGCAGCAAAGGCUUCGUCCAGAAGAUUGACCUGAAGAGACACAUGCUGACACAUACUGGGGAGAAACCCUACAGCUGCAGCGUCUGCGGUAAGAGCUACCAGGAGAAGCGCUCUGUCGACACGCACAUGAAGGUUCACACCGGAGAACGGGCCAUCAAAGAUUCACCUGUGACUCAGAGCCUGAAACGACAGGAAGGAGUUCAUGACGACUUUAUCCAGCUAGAUACAGCGUUCCAGAGGUACUUUCGUUUCCUCGUCGUCCUCCAGUCCAGCAGGGGUCGCUGUGGGCUCUGCACUCGGUGUCUCUGUUUACCUGCCGCUGGCUCUCUUUGUCCGCUCCGAGACUCAAAGUGCGCAGAAAGGAGGACAAUGUGCGCAGAAAGGAGGACAAUGUGCGCCGUGCAGCUGCUGCGGGUGUCGGUACGUGAGCGGAUCAGCGCGGCCGCUGAAGACUUCCUGCUGCAGCUGGAGAAAGGAGAAGAAACGGCUCGAGUCCCGGCGCUGAGAGCGCUGCUCACCGAGCGGCUAGCGGCGGCGGCGGAGGAGAUCGUCGCGGUGUUUGAGGAAACCGUGGCGGAGUACGAACACAGAGUGGAGCGGUCCGAGCGGGAGGUCUGCCGCCAGAGGAGGCUGCUCGAUGCCGUGAUGAAGCCCGAAGUCCGGCUGCACAGAGCAGAGCUGCUGCCGUCAGUGAACCUGGAGCAGACGGACCUUCAGCCUCCAGACCCUGCAGACCUGAACCAGCCUCAGCCUGAACUCACUGACAGUGAUGGUUCCUGCCCGUCCUCGCCAUCCCCUCGCUCCUCCUCGCCCGCUUACAAGCCCCCCGAGUCUCCGAGCAGCUCAGUCGUCCACAGCGACAGCGAUCCAGACAGCGACUGGGCCCAACAGCAUCAGACUCUCAGAUCCCAGAGUAAAAAAAAAAGAGGCAGACCGCCGCUUGGCGUCAAAAACAAGCGGAAACGGUCGACUCCAUCCCAGUCGUUCAACUGUCUGGUUUGUGGACGAGCUCUGCUGGGGAAAGGCUUCCUGCUCAAACACGUUUUGCAGGUCUGCGCCAAAGACAGAGAACACCGCUGCGGCUACUGUGGCGAGCGUUUAGACUCGGCCAGCGCGCUGAAAUCUCACCUGCAAACACACCAAGACACAUGUAAAACCUGCCCCUACUGUGGGAAGAGCUUUCAGUCCAUUCUGGCACAGGAGCUGCAUGUGCGACUCCACACCGGAGAGAAACCGUACAGCUGCAACGCCUGUGGCAAGAUGUUCAGCCAAAAGGGAAACUUGACGUCACACCUGCGCGUCCACGCAGCAGAGAAACCUUUCCAGUGUCAAGAGUGUGGCCGAGCCUUCUGUCACUUGACAUCUUUAGACCGACACAUGCAGCAGCACAAGGACAAGGUGGUGCACAGCUGCAGCGUCUGCGCUCAGGAGUUCAGGAAGCCCCACGGCCUACAACGGCACAUGAUGACUCAUCAUAAAGAUGCCGCCCACAAACCAAAGAGAUUCCGCAGCUCUGUUCCCUCCUACAUCUGCAAAGUUUGCGGUGACACCUUUGGCAGGAAGUCCUUCUUAGUGAAACAUGUGGAGACUCACCUGCAGGACCCAGACUGCUGCUGCGGACUCUGUGGUCAGCAGUAUGAGUCCGCUGCCAGCCUCGCCGAUCACUUUAACUCCCACCGCGAUGUCAGUAACACCUGCGACAUCUGCGGGAAGUGCUUCACGGCUCACGCGGCGCUGCUGAUGCACAUGAGGAUUCACACUGGAGAAAAACCGUAUGCCUGCCACUUAUGCAGGAAGUCUUUCAAUCAGAGCGGCAACCUGAAGAUGCACCUGAAGAUACACACCGGUGAGCGGGCGUUCUCCUGCAGCACCUGCGGGAAGGGCUUCACCCAGAAACAGACUCUGGACACUCACGUCCGCUUCCACAACAAAGAGAGACGCUUCCUGUGUCAGGUCUGUGGGAAAGGCUUCAUGCAGGACGUGGACCUGAAGAGACACCUGCUGAUCCACACCGGAGAGAAGCCGUACACCUGCAGGGUCUGUGGGAAGAGUUUCCAGGCCAAACGGUCACUCAACGGACACCUCAAAGUCCACACAGCAGGGGGCGCUGAGACUGGACUGGAGCCGGACCAGGACUCAGAGCAGCAGAGGACGAACAGCUUCUACUCAGGAUUCCUCCAGCUGUAGAGUCCAGACUUCACUCAGCUUUAGGCUCCAGUGUCUCUGUGAUGUCGUACAGACGGUUUCUCCUUCAGACAACUGACUGGAACUUCCACAGCAGGACGGACGUCUUCAUCGGGGGCAGAACACGUCACCACACAUGGACCAGAAGUGAUUGUUGUCCCUAACACAGUGUUUGAAAUAUUUUCCUUCAGUUCUCAGAUACAUGGGGACGUGUUCAGUGUCUGUGGUGACGGAACCUAUGAUGUUCUUCUCAGAGGACAGAGGUCUCUCCUCAGAUUAAAGUGCAGGAAACCGCCCUGGUUCUUCUUCUGUCUGGACUCGACACAGAACCACGUGUUUCUGGAGAUCUGGUCUAAGAACUGAUCGAAACCAACAGCAGGAUUUUACAAUCAGUUUGAUUUGUCGCUGAAACCACGACAUCGACCGUGAGUAACAUGAAUGUGAAGCCGAUGAAACAAACGGACGACUUCAAAUGUUUAAAAAAUCAUAAACUGAGUCUAGGAUUGUCUCUGGUUCCAGAUACUACAUUACCCACAAGCCUCAGCUGCUUCUGGACAAGAAAUGGUAAUCCUGUUGCCGUGGUUACAGAGUUUAAUGGUUGUAAUGUUUGUGUCCAUGUGUUUUAUUUGGUUUCCGUGUUAUUAGUUUUUUUAAACUUUUUUGAUUAAAGCUGUGAAUUUUA